AUGGCAGCUGAGACGCUCGAAUCGCAGGGCGUCCGAAUUGCAGUUGAGGGCUGUGGCCAUGCCAAACUCAACGCGAUAUACGCUUCCGUAGAGCAAUCUGCCAAGGAGCGCGGCUGGGAUGGCGUCGAAUUGCUCAUCAUUGGCGGAGAUUUCCAGGCUGUGCGCAAUGCCGCCGACUUGACCGUCAUGUCGUGUCCCGUCAAGUAUCGCAAGCUCGGCGACUUUCACGAGUACUACUCGGGCGUCAGGAAAGCUCCCUACCUGACCAUCUUUAUUGGCGGAAAUCACGAGGCCGCCUCGCACUCCUGGGAGCUCUACUACGGCGGCUGGGUUGCCCCCAACAUCUACUAUCUUGGAGCUGCCAAUGUGAUGCGGCUGGGACCAAUCCGUAUCGCCGGCCUGUCUGGGAUCUGGAGGGGCAUGAACUACCGCAAGCCGCAUUACGAAAGGCUCCCUUUCAAUGGCAGCGAUGUCAAGUCGUUUUACUCAGUGCGAGAGAUUGACGUCCGGAAGCUCCUCCUGCUACAGUCGCAGGUUGAUGUUGGCCUCAGCCAUGAUUGGCCGCGCCAGAUCGAAACUCACGGAGACCUCAACAGGCUGUUCCGAGACAAGCCAUUCUUCAGACAGGAGUCUAUGGAUGGCUCUUUAGGCAGCGUGGCUGCCGAAUAUGUCAUGGACCGCCUGCGGCCGCCGUACUGGUUCUCUGCGCAUCUGCAUGUCAAGUUUGCCGCCCUCAAGAAGUACGAUUCGCCAAAGGCAAAUGAGGCCGCUCCAGAAGCGGCCGAUCCUUCCGGAAUUGUGCCUCCCGUUCAGGAUAACCCAGACGAAAUUGACCUGGACAUGGAUGAUGAAGAUGGCAAGCCUGACGAUGUCUCCAAAGAAACAACUGCACAAAAUCUAGAGAGGGAGACGAAAGAUCAGGCCGAGGAAGCGACUAGUUCUGUGCCUGAAGACUUGAGAGCGCAGUUGCCAGCAUCAUUUGCUCGUCCUACGCCAAGAGCGAGGCGUACGCCCGGCCAGCCUGUACCUCCUGGUAUCAAAAAUACCGAAGUUCGCUUUCUGGCGUUGGACAAGUGCCUGCCUGGGCGACAUUACCUCCAGCUAUGUGAGGUCCAGCCCUUUGACAAAGAGCAGCUAUCUCUUUAUCCACCCCAACCCUCAGGGCCUCGAUAUAGACUCCAGUACGACCCCGAGUGGUUGGCCAUUACCCGAGCCUUUCACAAGUUCAACGUCUUUGGCGACAUCACGGCCCAAGUACCCGAAGAUCUAGGCGAGGAGAACUAUCUCCCCCUGAUUGAGGCAGAGAGAGCAUGGGUUGAGGACAACAUUGUGCAAAAGGGGAAGCUGGAUGUGCCGGAUAAUUGGGAGCAGACGGCACCGCCAUACGUUCCCGGGACGCCUGAAAUUGUCAAUGAGCAGCCGCACGAGUACACGAACCCGCAGACGGCAGCGUUCUGCGAGCUCUUGGGCGUCGACAACCUCUGGGAUGCUAGCGCGGAGGAGAGGAAGCAGCGGAGGGCCAGGGGGCCGAUUGAAGUGCAUCAUAUGGGUCGCGGUGGUAGAGGCGGGGGCGGAGGCGGAGGUAGUAGAGGGAGAGGGGGCCGUGAUGGGAGGGGAAGGGGGAGGGGGAGAGGAGGCGGACGAGGCGGAUUCUACGGAAGGGGGCAAUGA